CCUAGUUGUAAGGUUGGACGGUGGCAAUUGAAGACUGGCGAGGGGCAGUGGAGAAAAUAUAUCGUCCGCAGACUCUGGAUCAGGUACUCUUCCUAUUAUAGUUACAGACGCAAACCUAGUUCCAGUCCCAUCCCCCGUCCCUGUCCCCUUCCCACCUUGAAGAAGCCAGUGCAAACGCGACUAAAACGCUGCGGCGCCAGAAAGCAGAGUGAAGUAGAUAGUAGGAAUAGUGCAAGUACAGCCCCGAGUCAUCUCAAUUGGUCAUUAGUGGCACUCUCGCUCUUCGGGACAGGCUUCUUCUUGGGUCCCCUUAUUGAUGGAAUACACUCCGGAGUCAAUCUAGUGGUGUACCAAAAUGGAGCUAUUGAUGUGGCUUCUCUUCACACAAAUAUAUGGGUUCCGCCUUUGCUUGGCUUGUUUUACUGCUCUGUGGGUCUGCUGCAACUGCUGCUUGACCACGUCUCCUCUCAGCAGCCUCCAGAGGGUAGCCUAGAGAUCAGAACUGUUGCCUCCCUCGUGUCAUUGGUGAUUUUCACUGAGUUGAGCUCUGAAAUGUACAAGGCCGGAGUGCCAGACAACGUUGAAGCCUAUGUCUUGUUUGCAGGAGCGGAACUCAUAUGGUUUUUGCUGGAUAGAACAAGACUGGGGUUUGCAUUAGCCUGUUUUGUAGGUCUUGCCUGCCCACUGGCUGAGAUCCCUGCAAUGGAAUGGUUUAAUUUGUGGUAUUAUCCUCAAGCAAACGUCCAGAUCUUUGGACAGGGGUUAGUCACUUGGACAAUCACUUGCUAUUUUGUCUACACACCUUUCUUGAUCAACCUCUCCCGUUGGCUGAAAUCAUUCAUUGCUGCUGCAAUUGCUCAAUCCAAGUCUGUUUAGAUUCCAUCUUUGGCCCACUUGAGAGGAAACCAAGUAACUUCAACAGGAAAUUGAGUUGUUCUGACAACUGAUCCUCUAGCACAUUACUUAAUAAAAGUGACAACCAAGUGGACGACUGAAUAAAUGUAAAGGGAUACAAUUAUUAUACUCUGACAAUAGAUACUUACUGUAAAAAAUGAUCAUAUAUCUACUAGCUAUACAAAGUUUCAUCAAAUGGCUCGCUGAUACUAGAGUGGUAAGGAGUUGUGGCAACUUUGGCACUUUGCUGUAAUUGGUGCUCUCUAUAUAAGAUUACAUGUUUCGUGUUUACAUGAA